GCUUUUACCCACAAUCCCUCGCUUCGCCCUUAGCGAACAUGGCGGGGAUGAGCCUAUUGAGGCCAGCGGCAGCUCUCUUCAGCCGCCUCCGUCUGCCGUCCCGGGGGCUGCUGGCAGGGAACAGCCUGCUCGGGAAACUACCCCAGGCCGGGAACGUGCCUGUGCGAUUUGGCAGCCAUGGGAAGAAACUGUUUGUAGUGGAGCCAUCCCGUUUCUAUGAUAGGAGGUUCAUGCGUUUAAUGAGAUUUUAUAUUUUACUAACAGCAAUACCUGCAGCAGCAUUUGUAACCUUUGUCAAUAUUUUCAUUGGCGAAGCAGAACUUGCAGAAAUUCCUGAAGGUUAUAUUCCAGAUCACUGGGAAUAUUACCAGCAUCCAAUAACUCGAUGGAUUGCCCACCAUAUUACUGAAUCUCCCGAAUGCUCCUAUGAAAAAAUGAUGGCUUUAAUACAUACUGAAGCAGAGAAAGCAGAUCUACGGUUGAAACAAACAGAAGCACGUCGCUUGAUGAGACAGAGAGGAGAUGGUCCUUGGUAUUAUUAUGAAACACUUGAUAAAAACCUUAUCGAUUAUGGACACAGGGAGACCCCUGAUGAUUAGGGUCUGUUGGCAUUCAGGAACAUUUUGAAUCUUUGUAACCACAAUAACUUAUGCCCUGUAUUUGUUUCAAACAAUAAAGUUUAUUUCAAUACAAUGGCAAAGUC